CCUUUGGCUUCAUUCCAGAACUUGGAAAAGGAUCUCGCUGGUAGCUGGUCCGACAAAACCGUUAUCCAACUCACCCAUAUGAGCACAGAAGGGUCGACAGAUCAACAAGCAGCGUUUCUGCUUUAGCACACGAAAACACUUAGGAUCUUGCCAGACCAACCCGUACUCGUUCUGCACUGGACACCUUUGGCUUCGACUGCCUUUCUCACCGCGAUGAUCAGGACUCUUCUUGGACGAAACCUGCCUGGAUCUGCUGGCUCUUCCAGCAAACAGCAAAUUGUUUCAAGGAUCGUUGGCUUGUCACAAUGCAGCGGUCAUUCCGAGCUGAUAAGAUUACGAACCACCCUAUCCUCCAGGCUGAGCUCAAAAGGACACCUCUGUUUGAUUUCCACAAACAAAAUGGAGCCAAGAUGGUACCCUUCGCCGGCUGGGAGAUGCCUCUAAGUUACGGGACAAUCGGUCAAACCACUGCACACGGCCACGUCAGGACCGACGUUGGACUCUUCGACGUCUCUCACAUGCUCCAACAUGUCUUUACCGGCGCAUCUUCUCUCGAAUUCCUCUCCUCCCUCUGUCCUUCCUCUCUCAGCUCGCUAGCUCCGUGGUCCUCAACCUUGUCCGUGCUCCUAAAUGAAGAAGGCGGAAUCAUCGAUGACAUGAUCGUUACCAAGCACGGCGAUGACGGGCAAGGUGGACAGAGGUUCUACGUGGUCACCAACGCUGGGAGGGCGGAGGAGGAUGUCGCGUGGAUCACCAAGAAGAUGCAAGAGUGGAACGGUACGGAAGGCAAGGGGAAGGGGAGAGAGGUCAAGUGGGAGAGGCUCGAGGGAUACGGUCUGGUGGCUCUCCAAGGUCCAAAGGCUGCCGAGACGCUACAAAGCAUGAUCGACAAGGAUCUGACGAGUUUGAAAUUCGGACAAGCGACAUAUGCCAAGGUGGCUGGCGUCGAAUGUCACAUCGCUCGAGGAGGUUACACCGGCGAAGAUGGCUUCGAGAUCUCGAUCCCCCCCGCAUCGGCUGUAGAGAUCACCUCGAAGCUGACCAGCUCGCCCGGGGUAUCUCUUAUCGGACUUGGUGCUCGUGACUCGCUUCGGCUGGAAGCUGGAAUGUGCUUGUACGGGCAUGAUCUGGACGAGUCGGUCAGCCCCAUCGAGGCCGGUCUCGCUUGGCUUGUCGGCAAGGAUCGAAGAGCCGCGGGAGACUUUCCCGGUGCUUCCAGAAUCUUGAGAGAGUUGAAAGAAGGGCCUGCUAGGCGAAGAGUCGGGUUCGAAAUCACCGGUUCGCCCGCUCGGGAAGGAUGCGAGAUCCUCACUGUCGACGAGGGCUCGAUCAUCGGCGUGAUCACCUCGGGUAUCCCAUCUCCUACCCUGGGUAAGAACAUUGCGAUGGGAUAUAUCAAGAACGGGUAUCACAAGAAGGGAACCGAUGUCAAGGUCAAGGUCAGGAAGAACUUGAGGGAUGCCACGGUGGUCGGUAUGCCGUUCGUUCCCGCCAAGUACUACAGGUAGAUGCCCAGAUGACAGAUCGCUCAAGGGUUGUUGUAUAAUUCCGAUAUACUUUGAACACUUCCGAAGGUAUCGCAUAGAGGGUCACGACGGCGACGAAUGCAUUUGCUAAUUGCUAAUACGGCGAUCGGG